AUGUUGGCAGGCACCUCUCUCUCUCUCCCUUCCUUUAUCUUUCUCUUUGCCUUUCUCUCUACUACUCCCCACUUGUUGAUUUUGAUCCUGUUUCUUUCUAUAUCUACUAUCCAAACCUGUUGCUACGGGCCACAUUCCUCUUCCUCCAUAUUUUUCCAGCCUAUUUUUCUUUUCUUUUUUUUUUUUUUUGCUUUUCUUUAUCUCUUUCUCUUUUUUUCUCCUUGUUUUCUUUGUUUCUUUCUUUCUGGUGGCGCUUGUACGACUACAACAAGCACAUCGUUUACUUUUAUUCUUCUCUUACUAUUUCUUUCUCUAUUCUUUUCUCUCUUUCUUUGUAAUCUACGCCGUCAACAAGUUUACUUCACUUUUACUGUCUCUUUUCUUUCCUUUUCUAAUUAUUUUCUUUUUCUUUGUUUCUUUUUUCCUUCCUUUUCGUUCUUUCUUUCCUUCCUUCCUUCCUUUCUUUCUUUCUUUCUUUAUUUAUUCUCUUUCUUCUUUCUUUAUUCAUUCUUUCUUUUCUUUUUCCUUUUCUUCUCUUUCUUUAUUCAUUUAUUUAUUUAUUUCUCUUUCUUCUUUCUUUCUUUAUUUCCUUUUCUUUCUUUCUCUGUCUUUCUUUCUCUGUCUUUCUUUCUUUCUUUUUUCUUCCUAUGUUUCCUUCUCCUUUUCUUUCUUUCUUUCUUUCUUUAUUCAUUUAUUUAUUUCAUUCUUUCUUUCUUUUCUCCCUUUCUUUCUUUCUUUCUUUCUUUCAUUCAUUCUUUUUCCUUUCUUUUCUUUCUUUUCUCUCUUUCUUUCUUCCUUCCUUCUUCUCUUUCUUUCUUUUUUCCUUUUUCUUUCUUCUUUCCCUUCUUUUUUCUUUCUUUCUCUUUCUUCCUUCUUUUUUUCUUCCUUCCUUCUUCUCGUUCUUUCUUUUUUCCUUUUUCCUUUCUUUCCCUUCUUUUUUUCUUUCAUUCAUUCUUUCUUUCUCUUUCUUUCUUCUUUCUUUCUUUCAUUCAUUCUUUCUUUCUCUUUCUUUCUUCUUUCUUUCUUUCAUUCUUUCUUUCUUUCUUUCUUCUCUUUUAA